CCCUUAACCAUGCCCAGAUCUGCUAAUGAGAUGAAAGACGCUUUCAUUACAGCUCAGGAUAAAUCAGGCGACUACCCUUGUCCUCUCCAUCAAGACCCAUGGUUAGCUACAAGUGGGUGCAGAUCCUAGGAGAGAACAAGGUCAAAACAUCUCGGGAGAGAGCGGGAGGGAGGGUGAGCUGUCUGCCUGAGGUGUCUGCAGGUAGGUUCAUCCCUCUCAGUCCAUGCAAAGCCCUUGGAGCUGCAGCCCAUGGUGGCCAGGGUUCAAUUCUGCUCCUCCCUGGAUGAAUGCCAGUAAGAAAUCCUCACUUCUCCCUUGUGUGCAGUGUGCCCUAAGCCUGCUGAGGAACUAAUGCCACUUCUGUUCUCUUCUUUCUUUUCCAGCUGCAAUCAGUGCUGCUGCACACCGAUAGGCCAGUGUACUCCUUUAGCUAAUGCAGCACAACCCUUGAAGGCAAGCAGCAGUGGAGAACAAAAAGGCAUGCUGUGCUCGGCAUAGGACUGAGAGUGCAGAGAGAAAGGGGAAUGCUCAAAAUCUUCACCACUGCCGUCCUCACACCAAGAUACAGCUGCUGCUGUUAAAAUAUUGCUCUUCUUGUGCUCUUCUCAGACAAAGCACAAAUGAGAAGGGAGAAUCAAACCGUUCCACCAGGGUUUGUUUUUAUUGGGUUUUCCUACUUUCCUAAACUCCAGGCUGUGCUGUUUGUGCUGUUUCUCCUCAUGCACGUGGUGACCCUAGUUGGAAAUAUUAUGAUAAUGUUUGUUAUCAGGCUGAAUCAGCAGCUGCACAUGCCCAUGUAUUUUUUCCUAAGUGCUCUGUCCUUCUCAGAAAUCUGUUAUACCUUCUCCAUCAUCCCAAAGAUGCUGUCCGGAUUAGUGCUGGGAACUAGAACCAUUUCUUUCCUGGGCUGCGCUGCACAGAUGCAUUUCUCCUUCAUGUUUGGAUUCACGCACUCUUUCCUCCUGACGGUGAUGGGAUAUGACCGGUACGUGGCGAUCUGUCAGCCCUUGCAUUACAGCACCGUGAUGACCUCCCGAGCCUGCACCCAGCUGGUGGCUGCCUCAUGGGCAGGGGGUGGUCUCCUGGGGCUGCUGGUGACCAGCGCUGUGUUCCAGUUACCGUUCUGCCAGUCCCACCGCAUUGACCACUUCUUCUGCCAUGUGCCCCCCAUACUCCAGCUGGCUUGUGCUGGUGGCGAGGUGGUUGGCACUGUAGUUGGCAUCUUUUGCAUUACUGCCUUGUUGGGAUGCUUUCUGUUCAUCCUUCUCUCCUACGCCUUUAUCCUUGGCUGGAUCCUGCAGAUGCCAUCAGCCAAGGGGAGGCACAAAGCUUUCUCCGCCUGUGCCUCCCACAUCACCGUAGUGGUGGUGCACUAUGGCUGUGCCUCUGUCAUCUAUUUGAAACACCAGUCACCCCGUGCUGCAGGAGCUAGUGUUCUGAUUGAUGUGUCUUACACUGUCUUCACCCCCUUCCUGAGCCCCAUCAUUUUUAGUCUGCGAAACAAAGAUUUAAAAAAUGCCUUUUGGAAAUCUCUGAAGAAAAGCUUCAUCAUCAGGAAUGCAAAUAUUUGUCCAGGAUCUAGUUUCAGUUACAGGAGUGAUUAUUGCUAAUUUUUAUUUAUUUAUUUUCCUUUGGUAGUUCCUUGCUGCUUUCGAAAGAAUAGCCAUACUUUUUUUCCAGGCAAAUGAUUCAUUCCUGCAGAUGUGACACCUUUUGCACUCACUGGGCAUCACAGGCUGCACUGCAAGGCUUGGCUGGAGCACCUAGGUGUAACUUUUAAUGCUGAAAAUUCAGCGUCAUGCAGAAGCAAGAGUGGACAAAGCUCUCAACACUCCCAGGGGAGACACGAGCCACUUCUUGAGGAGCAGCAGGUGACUGUCUGAGACCUGGUGCAGUAGGCUCUUGUCCCCACCAUAGGCACUCUGACUGAUCCUCUAAGCAUGACUUUGUCUCUUCUGGUGCUGACUGUGAAGCUGGCCUGAGAAGGCUUUGGACUGAUUCCCUUUUGUCUUGUUCAGCUUUUGACAAUUUGCA